AUGGUGGACGCGGUCUCUCGUUACGACGAUGAUGAGGAGGACGACGCUCUGCCCUUCGAGGGCCUCGACAAGGCGUCGGCGCUGCAAGAGUGCCGCGUCUUCAACAAGAUCCCGCUGGACGAGGAAGGGUCCAUCCGGGCCAUGACGCAGGUGCUGUACCUCUUGUCCGUUGGCGUGCGUCUGACCGAAGCCGAGGCGACGGACAUCUUUUUUAUGUCCACGAAACUCAUGCAGUCGAACUACCCCAAGCUGAGGCGUCUGCAGUACAUCCUGAUGAAGGAACUCAGCCCCCUUGUAGAGCAGAGCUUCAUCGCGUCGAAUGCGCUCAUGACGGAUAUUAAGAAGAAGUGCGACUCUGACAAGAGCAGCGCCAUCCGCGCGCUAUACGCCAUCAUGGACAGCAGCAUGUACAACUCCAUGGAUCGCACCAUUGUGGAGUGCAUGACGUCGCGCAACCCAAGCGUGGUGACAGCAGCGCUAGUGACGGGCAUCCACAUGUCCAACACCCUGCCGGAGAUGCCGCGCAAGUGGGCGACGCAGCUGAACGAGGUGCUGCGCGAGCGCUCCAAGGCGCAGUACCCGGCCAUCGCGCUACUGCACAAGAUUCGCAACAACGACCGACUAUCCGUGGAUCGUCUCAUUGAGGAUGCACAGGCCGGCCGCGUCCGCUCAUCGCUUGCCGUCUGCCUUGUCAUCAAGAUGUGCACGGAGCUGAUGCAGGACGACUUCACCAGCUCCCUUGAGAUUUACAAAUUUGUCACCUCAGCGCUGCACCGCAGCGACAUGAUUGCCUUCGAGGCGGCCAAGUCGAUCGCCUCCCUGCGCAACGUGUCCGACAAGGAGCUGACGCCGGUUGUGACGAUGCUCCAGCUGUACCUGAGCUCUCAGAAUCAGGUGCUCCGAUUUGCCGCCGUAUACUUGAUCGGCCGCAUCUCGACCACGCACCCGGCCGCCGUCGCGCCGAUCAACGCGGAGAUUGAGGCGCUCGCGUUGGAUCCGAACCGCGUCAUCGCCACGCUCGCCAUCACGUCCUUGUUGAAGACCGGGACGGAGAGUACCAUUGGGCGAAUGCUGACCCAGCUGUCCUCGGGCAGCUACAUGAGUGAGCUCGGCGACCAGUUGAAGUUGACGAUUGUGGACGCCAUGCGUGUGCUGAACGCCAAGUUCCCGAACAAGUAUGAGACUCUCUUAGCCUUCCUCUUCCGUGCCCUCAGCGAUGAGGGCAGCAGCUCGUUGAAGCAAAGCGUGGUGGAUGCGAUGCUCGACAUCUCCAAGUCCAACCCCAGCUCCAAGGAGGUUGUGCUCACACAUCUGGCCGAGUUCAUCGACGACUGCGAGUUCUCGCAGAUCACGAAGCGGGUCUUGAUGCACCUCGGCGAGGGUGUCCCGCACUGCUCCAACCCGCGCCACUUCGUGCGCUACGUGUACAACCACGCCACGCUGGAGAAGCCUGAAGUCCGCGCUGUCGCCGUGACGACACUGGCGAAGAUCGCGGCGAGCGUGCCAUCUCUGCGCCGUUCCAUUGUGUCGCUGCUGAAGCGCUCCUGCAGCGACGGCGACGACGAGGUCCGUGACCGCGCCUUGCUGUACACGAAGCUGUUUCUGCAGAAUGACAAUACGCUUGUGCGCAUGUACGUGGAAAAUGUCGCGGCAGCCGUGCAGCAUCAACGGCGCACACUGCGUGAGGCGAACAAGAGGAUGUCAGUGGACGGCGUUCUUGGUGGCUCCACUUCGGCGGAUACCAUGGCGGCCAUUGCAGCCGCACCAAACCCCACAGACGCCUCCGGAAUGCCGGCUCCGACGCCGGCCAUCCUUCAGGGUCGUGAUGCGUUGCACCACGUCAAGCAGCUCCGGGAGCUGGGGGAGCCGGCGAAGAGCACGGAGCCGGUUCUCAUCACGGAGACCGACAACGAGUACGUUGUGUCUGUCAUGAAGCAUGUGUACCCGGAGCACGUGGUCGUGCAGUUCAAGGUGAAGAACAUGAUGGACAACAUGCUGUUCAAGAACGUGGUUGUGGUCACGAACACGGAGGAGCUGGAGGCGGAGCCGCUGUACGCCAUUCCUAUCGAGAGCAUCCGCCCAGGGGAGACCCAGUACGGGUAUGUGGUGCUGCAGUAUGCGCCGGGCAAGUUUCCGAGCGGCACGGUGGAGCCGAUGUUCCGCUUUGCCAUGGCCGAGAACGAGGACGAGGACGCCGGAGAUCAGGACGAGUACCCGAUGGAGAGCUUUGACGUGGACGUGAGCGAUUUUGUGACGCCGAUAGACUUGGGCAACGACAUGGAGGACAGGUGGGCAGAGCAGGAGGGAAAUGAGACAGCCGGCACUUUUGCGCUGCACUCGAUGAAGAACCUGACGGAGGCGGCGCAGCAGCUGGCUGGCUUCUUUGGGAUGUACAUCGAGGGCGGUGUACCUGAGAAGAUCACCACAACAUCGCACGUGCUCAAGAUGUCUGGCGUGCUGGCGGACGAGGACCGCACACUGGUGCUAGUGCAGGCGAAGGUGUUCAUUGCGACGGACAACCGCGUAGCGCUGCACCUGGCACUGCGUGGCGGGUCGGCAGGUAUUCGCGAGUACUUGGCGAACGUCCUCCUGGGCUAA